AUGCAAGGGGAUAAAACGAAAAAGGGCAAAAACUUUAAGAUUCCCUAUUCUUCAAAAUAUAAAAAUGAAAAAACCUGGGAGGACAAUAUAAGGAAUAGAAAAAAAAAAAAAAACCCAAAGAGGAAUGAAAAAAAUAAUUUAAUGCAUGAUAGGAAUAUACAUAAAUAUAUAUAUAUUGAUUAUAUUGAAUUAAGUAAAAAGUAUACAUUUUUAAAAUUAUUUUUACAGAAAAAUGAAAAGUCUACAAAUUCAUACUAUAACUUUGAACAAUCAAUUGCCGUAUAUUUUUUGAGUAAAUCUAUAUUAAAAGAAUAUUAUGAUCUAAAUUUUUAUAUGCCUUAUAUUAAAAAUGAUGAAAUUCAAAAUAAGAUUAUUUUGGAUAAUAAUAUUUUUAAUACUAAUAAAUUUAUUUAUACUAUAAAUGAAUUUAAAGAUAUAAAUUCUUUGAAAAAUAUCAUAUUACUAUCAUAUGAAAAUUAUAAUACAUUUUUAUUAAAUUUAAAAAAUGACAUUAAUACAAAUUUGUCUUGUCAUGAAUAUGAUGAAUCUACUAUAACAUAUAAUAAUAAUAGUAAUAAUAAUAGUAAUAUUAUUAAUGAACAAACAGAUGAUAUAUAUAAUAAAUAUACUUUUCAAUGUAAUAAAAAAAAUGAAAACACUAUUUUACAAAAUGAUCAAGUGGGUAAAUUUCUCUGUCCUUGUGUUCCUGGGAGAGUAAAUUAUAUACACAUUCUAGCUGAUCUUACAGACAUUAACGAAUUAAAAAACUUUAAAAAUAAUGAUAAAUAUAUAUCUACUACUAAUAUAAAUGAAAAUAUUAAUAAUACAAAUAAAAUACAAAACAAUAUGUUAUUAUUAUAUGGGAAUAUAAUUAAAGUAUUAGAUAUAGGUGUAGGAGCUAAUUGUAUAUACCCUCUCUUAGGAAAUAAUAUAUAUAAAUGGUCUUUUCUAGGUACGGAUAUAAAUAUUGAUUCUUUAAAAUAUAGUUUUAUAAAUAUUUUAAUAAAUAACAAAGAAAAUGAUAUUCACCUAAAAUAUCAAACAAAUAAAAGAUACAUUUUUCAAAACGUUAUUAAUAAUUCAGAUUUGUUUUUUUUUUCCAUGUGCAACCCACCAUAUUAUACGUUUAUUGAAGAGGUAAAUAAAAAUCCAUAUAGAAUGUUAGAAGCCAAUAUUGAUGAGGUGGUAUAUUAUUUGGGAGACGAAAAAGGGGGAACCAUAAAUAAUAAUAAUAAUAAUAAUAGUAAUAAUAAUAAUAAUGAUAAUAAUAGUGACAUUGAUUAUAUGCGUGGAGCUAAUAUACAUAUAAAUAUUACACAUACGGAUGAUAUACAAACGCAUAACAUAAAUUUAGAUAGAAUUAUUUCGAGUGAAUUAGGUCCGAUAAAUACGGGAAACCAAAAAGAACAGAAAAUAGAAAAGGAAGAAGAAUAUAAUAUUACAAAGAGCCAAAAAGAAAAUUCUAAACAUUGUUGUAAUAAUAAAAAGGUAGGUGAUAAUAUAAAUGAUGGUAAUAUAACAUCUUUAAAAAUAUCUAUAAAUGAAGGAGAAGAACAUAAUGUUAAUAAUACACAUUUUAUUAAUACAUCCCAAAAUUACAAUAAUAAGGGAGGAGAAUAUAAAUUUAUUAUGAAUAUGCUUGAGGAAAGUAUAUCAUAUUUUUUUAAUGUAAUAUGGUUUACUACAUUAGUAUCUAAGUUUAAAAAUGUUAAAUUAAUAAAAAAGGAAAUUAUUAAUUCAAUGAGAUUAUAUCAUGAAUACAAAAAAAAUCAAGUAUAUUUUCUUAAUAGUAUAAUAAAUGAAAAUUUAUAUUUUAAUCAAACUUUUGUUUUUAAAAAUAUACAAAAAAAAAUUCCACCUGUAUCUAUAGCGCAAUAUAGAAUAUUUGAAUCAUACAGUGGAAAUAUAACAAGGUGGAUAAUAUGCUGGUCAUAUUAUAACCCUGAACAAAUAGAUGCUAUGAAGAAAUUAUACUAUGAGAAAUCAAAAUAA